GACCGCAGAGUCGUGCAGUUACUAUAUCGGCAUAUGCCUGAAUAACUUUAUAUAAUUCAACCUUUAACAUAAUAUUUUAGUAUAUUUUAUUCAUAUUCAUUAUUAAAUAACAUUUAUUAUUUACUGUAACAUGAUCAUUCUAUAUUAAUUAUAGUGUGAAAUAAUAAUAAUAUAUAGAUAAAUGUUUGCUUUACAAUCAAAUCGAUUACGGAGGAGGUUAAGUGCCCCUACUUCUGGGUCGGCACGUAGAAGGGCAAGGGAGAGAAAGCGCGCGGAGCAGACCCGCCAAGAGGGUGAACGGCUCGCUUUAGAACGACGUGAGCAAAGUCGAAGGGAAAAGCUUGCAGCACAGAAGCAGGCUCGACUCGAGCUGGCGUCGUAUGAGCCGUGGGGGCGCGCGGGCGGCGGGGCGCCCAACACUCGCGGCAUACGGUUCAGCAACCUGCGGGCGAUCGGCAUCUACCCGGAGGACGAACUUAAGGGUGUCUCUGCCCACGAACUAAACCGCCGCUGGACGUCACACCGCCGACAACGUCGUACGCCGGUGCGACUUCGCGAAGACCCGCAGCUGUGCUACGCAGACCUUUUGCGACGAACCGUUGACAACGACAUACGAUACAGGCAGACUCCAACCGAACAACAGGCUUAUAAGCAAGUACUAGACGAAAUGGUGGUUAAAAGACAAAAAGCAUUGGAAGAUGAGUUAAGGCGCAACUUGGAAUAUGAGCGGAAAAUGCAAACAAUGGAUGGACCGUGGGGCAAACCGGGGCCUGGUGGAACCACUUGGAGGAAUCCUCGAGAUAUUGGUCUAAAUUUCUCAAAGUCUAUGGGAUGGACGGAUAAUGAAAUUUUUAACAAAAUGAAAGGAGAAAACAAGCGGUAUAAAAGAUCGUCGCUUACUUUACCUAAAGUAAAGACAGCCGACGAUGACACCAAACACGAUGUAAAUAACAAAGAAAAUGUUAAGCCUUCUAGUGUUUCAAAAUUACCUGACAUCACAAAACAAUCAAGCUCUGAAGGAAGAAGUAAAAGCAGUGAAAAUAAAGAAGUGAAACAUGCCAGGAACGGUAAAAUGAAACGGGGUUCGAAUAAGAAUGUAUUUGUGAAGAGAUUAUCGAAUGGAGAGCGAGUUAAACGGACGGUACCUGAUGACGAUGUUGAGGAUGGAGAUGAAAAGAAACCUACUCCAGAAUCCACGAUAUUGAGGCUGACGGGUGGAAUAGAGCUGGUGCCACUUUUGGCGAGGCGAAGGCGCGUAGGAGCCCGUACUUUACCAUCUAGCGAUGUCACUCGGCCACCGGAUCAGUCAUGCGAAUGGCGUGAACUUCUUGAUAUGGAUUAUCUAAGAGAUUUAAAACAUCAAAUGCGCGUGAAAUCUCUACAAAUAGAGGAGAGUCGCCGAGACUCGGCAGAAAGCGUCCGUCGUCACCACGCCACGUGGGCCUCACUGUGGGGUCGGCCCGGGCACGGCGCACCCCAGCAGAGGGGUCGAUAUGCAAGAAGCAAUCUCGCGCAGCUGCUCUACGUGCGACCGCUUGCUAAUGCUCAGUUGUAGGCGAAAUACAUUAGCCCGUAUAAAUAGACGUUAGAGCCAUGCACCAUUAGUGGUACGUUGCGACGUCGCAUUGUCAUCAUUGCGCUACGUCGUCGCAGGCGACGUUUACACAAAGGAAGGACAGUGCUCAUUUGUUUCGUAUGCAUUGUUGACAUUAACUGAGUGCGUAUGCGUUGUCCUCUUGCGCUGUGACGUCGUGUGUCACCACAACGAAGGUGUGACAUACAUUGCGUUGAUCUGUUGAGAAGAAUCAAUGCAACGCACUUAUGAGGCAUCGCCCUUUCUCAAUUCAAGACUUUCUCACCCUAUUCGUCAGUUUUUCGCUUAGAAUAGCAAAAUAAAUAAAUUCCCUCUUUAAAGGUUCUUUAAAGGUAAAGACAUAUUUGUGAACAGUGACGGAUUUACCAACUUGCGGCCAGUAUAAAUUUUUACCUCCAUUUAUCAUAUUUUUAAUAUACGAGAGUAUUCACGUUAAAACAGUUUAGUACAGAUUUUUGAAUUUUAUUACAUGUACCCUACUAGAAUAUUAUUUGAAUUCUCAAUACUCAGUUUUUCUAAGUUUAUUUAACAAUAUUUUUCUUUAUUUCUGUAAGACAAAAUGUUUUGGGCAAAAUUUACCGCUCCACAAAAUCUGCUGCCCUAGGCUUCAGCCUACUCAGCCUACUGGUAAAUCCGCCACUGUGAGAAUAAUCUACGAUAUAAGUGUUAUUAAAUCAAAACCAACAGGCUAAUUCACUAUUUUUGACGUAUGUUUCUUGACAUAUAUAAAAUUGAGAUUCUAUGUAACGAAUGUCACCCGGUGCUUACUUUGACACUAAUAGGGUGGAUAUCACACAGUAGGUAAAUGAUAUCUUGUCAAUUGAUUUAAUAUUAAUAUUGUAAUAGGUCGAUAAUAAGACCAAACUAGUGAAAAGGCCAGCAGGGCCAUUAAUGUUUAAUGUUCGCGUGCAUUACUACUUUUCCGUGACAAUAUAGAAGUUUGUAGUAUGUAUGUAGCCUUGCAUCAAAAUACUCAGUUAUAGAUAAACUAUUUAGGUAAGCGUGGCUGUGUUUCAUCCUCAUUUUAUUGUAUAAAAACAUGGUUUAAUGAUUGUAUUUCAUAAACGAUUUGAUUAAUGAUGGUACUACCUACUACUAAAUAACUCGUAUAUGAUUUUAUUUAAUGUUUUAAAAGUGGUGUCGUCCUUGAACCGCGGUUGUGUGUAUUGUGCAACGCAUUCCGCUGUUGCCGGGUCCACGAGAAACGCAUCGCCGCGUUGCGUAACGCUGUCUCUCAUCCCACCGCACCUAUUAUCUCUGACACCUGGGCCACGAGACUAUCGCCUUAAAUGGGAUUUCAAAGAAAGAAAAGCGUUAAUAAAAGUUAUGCUAAACAUCAAAAUGCUUUAUACCAAUUGUAAUGUUUGACGCCUCAACCACUUGGGUCUGUCGAGACCAAAACCCAAGUAGUAAAGCAACUAAUACCACUUUGUUAUGUUUGGCAUAACCUUUAAAAUGUUACCAGCUCACCAUUGGCAUCCUGAUUCAGAAUUUAUUUUCAAUAUAAGUAGUUAUGAAACUACUUCUAAUCAAGAAUGAAUGAUAUAGAUUUGGCGCAUGUCACUAAUACUUUUCUGUGUAGAUAUGCUAUAGAACUUUAUUUGUUUUCAACGCUUAUAAAAUUGCGCGUUAAACAAUUUAAAUCUCAUAAAACUACUUUUACAGAAAAUACACAAUAACAAAUAUGUUUUUUUGAUAAUAUUAAAAUAAAUAAACCACUAACAAACUAAACUAUAACUAGUAAACUAAUCUAAAUAAAUAAACUAAAUAAACUUCUGCAAACUCUUUGAGGCUGCUCUUAAUCCAUAUUGAAACGUACGUUUGUUUGCGUUAAGUGCAAUUAUAAAUAGCAAAAGAAAUUAAUACAUUAAGACCUUCAACGAAGUAAAGUCUGUAUUAAGAUCACGGGAAAUAUUGUUAUAAUUUACAACUUUGCAUUCGUUUUUUAUCGCUCGUUAUUGCCGCUUGAAGUGCAGCGCGCAAAGGCUUUCAGCGCUGUCUCUUGUGGGUUGUGGCCCUCUUCAGUGCCUUUUAUCACUUCAUUAAUGUGCCUAUUCAGGGUUAUGACGGAAACAUUAAGAUUAAUAUCAUUCUGUGCCUUAAGAUAAGAGUAAAAUACUAUCUGGUUGGACGACAUAGGACAUGAAAGCUGCAUUUAAGUAGACAUAAUUUAGUAAUUAUAAAAUGCACUUCACUAAAUUGAUUGAUAAUAGACCUAGAUAUAUGCUUUAUGUUGUAAUCACUAUAAUAUUCUGUAUAGUUGAAUAAUAAAAUUCGUAUGUAUAAAGUAGAUGAUAAAAUAUAUGUACCUACAAAAUAUUUCAUUGACUUGUUAAAAUGAUGGUGCUAAUUCAGUUGCAAAAACAUAUUUUAAAUAAAGCUUUCUGUAUUAUAUUGUUACUUAAAUUAACUGAAAUAGUUUAAAGAUGUGAUUAUACAACUGCUUUGGUAGCAAGAUUAGAAAUAUAUUUGUAAAAGUUAUUUUUAUUUUGUUUUAUAUUUCCCGAGUUUAAUGUAUAGAAUAUAGAAUCUAACACGUAUAUACGUGUAAUAUUUAUAUGUAGAAUAUUAUUUAAUAGAAAGAUACGUACAUAGCAUUAAACUGAUUGUUGUUUAAAUGUUUACGUACCUUUUCUGCUACGAGUAAAAUAGCUGGAAAUGAGUUUGAAUUCUCCUACUAGUUUUUCUAGAAUUUUAAAAUAUAAUUCAAUGUAAAAUAUUCUGAAACUUUCACUAUGUGUAGAAAAAUACUAAUACAAAAUUAUUUCACACCUAUACCUAAGAUAUAAAAUUCGAAAUAAUAAAAUUUUUAGACUUAAA